AUGUUGACCUUGAAGAAGAUGACGGGCGACGGCAACUGCCUGUUCCACGCACUUGCACACGGAAGCGAGGAAAACGGGGUGCACUUGCGAGCCCUCAUCAUCCAAUACCUCGAGGACAACGCGGCCUCCCAAGAAAACGAGGAACAAGUGGAAGCCUGGUACCAGGAGGCCGAGUACCUCCAAAGCAAUGCCAGUCACUGGGGCGGCGACACGGCCAUCAUCGCCUUCACCCUGAUGCGACAACAGCGCGUAAUCCUGCACUGGCGAACAGACGACGGUCACAUCCAGACAAGCGAGCGCACGCACACCGAAGUGCAGGACACGGCAGAGCGAUUCCGCCACGCAGGACAAGACAACGCGGAAAUCAUACAUCUCUGGUACAACGGAAGAGACCACUACGACCUGCUCGUGCCCAGCCAAGAGCAGCCGCCUGCUCCAGCCCCACGGGCAGCCAACCAGCCCCAACCGACCCACGACGAGGCAAGUCCACCGCCGCCGCCGCCUCCGCCGCCGCCGCCCCACCCGGAGCCCCGCCCGCCCAAGCGCCGCAAGACCGCAGCCAGCAGAGCCCAGAGCAAGCAGCAAGCCCCGGCGCAGGGAGCAGAAGAAACUUCCGAAGCAGCGCCUGCUCCCCCAGUGGAAGACGGGCCCACCCUCCUCGAAGAGCUCACCAGCAUGCCCGUCGCCGCGAAGGCCACCCAUCCCAGACGAAAGCUAGAAGACGCGCUCACGCGCUUCGCAAACACGCACCUGCGAGCCCAGCCACUCAUACCGCCCGAAGCCAAAGCCGAGAACGUGGACAGCGGCGAGGCCUGGCCGCAGGUCUUCUGCGCAUUCCGCGGGUGCACAUGGUCGUUACCUUCGGGAACCGAAAAACGGCUCCACCAGCACGUCAAGGACGCUCACGCGCCGGAGCUGGGGUUGGUGGCUCAGCACCUGCCCAGGCCCAUGCCAGCCGACGCACUCACCAGCGUCUACAACGAGGCCAUCGCGCUGCGAUGCAGGGAGGCCGCACCCGUCGCGGGAAGCUCGCGGGACAGAAGCGCGCUGCGCAGCUUCGCCGAGGCCACCAGCAAAGACAACGUGGAAUCGCUCAUUUGCUUCAGCUGCGCCUGCAUCCACCCACGCGUGGCCGACACGGCGGCCAGCGGCCGCAUCGACUGGCACAGACUCAUCCAGAGUCCGGCCUCCAACGACGGCAGCCACGCGGAGAGCACGGAGAGCCUGCAUGAGCUGCUGAGCAUGGACAGGUACCUCGAGCGCUAC